AUGGCCCUCAGCCAGCUGAAGUUCAAGGAGCUGGGCGAGGAGGAGCCCACGUGGGAGGAGGAGAACCUGGACAGCGUGAAGGCUCUGACGGCCAAGCUGAAGCUGCAGACCCGCAGACCCUCGUACCUGGAGUGGGAGGCCCGGGUGAGGGGGCAGCGCUGGGGCACCCGGGCCUCGGGGGGAACCCGGGGGGCUGAGCAGGGCCCUGGGCACCCCGAGGACCAGCUGGGUGGUGGCGUCUGUGGCUUUGCCAGCAUGGAGGCGGCUCUGGAGUGGCUCAGGACGGAGCUGAGGGAGAUGCAGGCUGCGGACCAGCGCCUGGCGCAGCAGCUGAUGCGGCUGCGGGCGCGGCUGCACCGGCUGAAGGUGGAGCAGGCCUGUCACCAGCACAAGGAGAUGCUGGACGACGCCACCUUCGGCCUCGAGGGCUGCGAGGAAGACUCGGACCUGCUCUGCAACAUCCCCCCCAAGGCCGCCUUCCUGCUCUCCACGCCCCUCAAGCACAUCGGGGUCACCCGCAUGAACAUCAACUCCCGCCGCUUCUCCCUCUGCUGAUCCCUCCCCUGGGGGCCGGGUGGGAGCCCUGAAGGAACUCACGGGUGCAUCUGGACCUGGCAGGGCUCGAGGGUCACUCCCAAAAUCCCUCAGGGCUCGGGGCAGGCAGAGCUGAGCCAUGGUGCUGCCAAAACCUGUGCCAGGGGAAAUGCCACCACCCCCAUGGGGCACAGGGCGUUCUGGGGGCCUGUCCCUAAGGAUGGUGGGGUCAAGCACGGUGGAAGAUGUUGGGAGCAGCCCUCUGAGGUGGAAUAAAAGGAGGUGAAGGUGAGGGCUG